AUGGCGGAGUUGGAAGCGGGAUUGAAGGCGGCAGACGAGGAGGCUUGCGGAGGAGCGGCCCUGGCGGAAUCAGAGGCCAGCGAAGGGGAAGGCUCGGAGGAGUAUCUGACGCCGCCGAUGAACUUUGCAAUGGUGGAGCGAGGAAUCUACAGGUCGGGAUUCCCGGAGACUCGUAACUUCAGCUUCCUCGAUUCGCUCGGCCUCAGAUCCGUCCUGUGAGCGCUCCGAUCUGCAGCUACCGUGAUUUUCUCGCGUUCAUGAAUCUCGGUUUUGUGAGGAAUUUCGGUUUUGGGAAUUUCUUACAAUGAAAUGGCUGGAGUUUUCUCAGGUACUUGAGCGGGGAGCCCUACCCCGAGACGAGUGCCGAAUUCAUCCGAUCGCGCGGGAUCCGCCUCUUCCAGUGGAGCAUUGGUGGCAGCAAGGUAGAAUUUCGUUUCUAGGCCGGCUUGAUGAUCCCCUCUUUCUCCAGUAUAUAUUACCAUUUUUCGCGUCGAAAUUGAGAAGUCCGAUUAUAAUCCAUGAUCAUAUCUCAAUCAUAACAAGCUUUUUGUGGAUAAUCAACCAAGAAUAUAUAUAUAUAUAUAUAUAUAUCUUGGCAAAACUAAAUCCACCAUUUCCAGUUGAUUCGGCUCGAGCGGUUACGACGAUACCUCUCUCUCUCUCUCUCUCUCUCUCUCUCUCUCUCUCUCUCUCUCUCUCUCUCUCCAGAGUAUAUUCCAGUAUACCUGAUCCCUUCCUGAUCGGCUACGAUGAAUCCUAGUAUUUCCUCGCCCUUUGUCUCAAUCAUGGUAAAAGUUUCUGAGGCCGAUGAACCGAGAAAAUCUCUAUAUUUAUCUGGAAAGGUUAAAUCCAUUUUCCUAGAGUCAUAUCCAAGAGUUCUUCAGGGACACUCUUCGAUCCAGCGGAACACCAUCUCUCACGCAACAAUAUCGAAUGGCAGUCUCAAACAUUUAUCUUUAUUUCUUAAUGAAAAACAAUUUAAUAUUAUUUGCGGAACUUGUGCAGAGAUCUCCCCCAAACAACUCCGAGGACACCAUCACGGAUGCUCUGAGAGUCCUAAUCGGUAGUCCUUCCUCCUUACCAGACCUUCUCCAUCGAUCAAAAACGUUCUCUCUGAUUCCCUCGGCUCUCCACUGUUUCAGAUUCGAGAAACCAUCCGGUUCUGAUCCUGUGCAAACGAGGGAAAGUACGAUGAGCACCUCGAUCUAACGUUGACUUUGCUCUCCGUUUUUACGGUACCAAACGUUGACCUCUCUCUCUCUCUCUCUCUCUCUCUCUCUACACGGGAGUGCAUGCAGCACCGGGCAGGAUGCAUCGUGGUGGGCUGCUUCAGGAAGCUGCAGAGCUGGAGCAUGGCCGCCGUCUUCGAGGAAUACCGGAGAUUCGCCGUCAAGACAAGAAUCUCCGAUCUGCGGUUCAUCGAGGAAUUGGACGUGUCGGGGGUGGGCCAGUGCCCCCGCGCCGCCGCCCACCGCUUUUCCGGCUGCGGGUCGCAGGCCAGGCGCCGCCUCGUCCACCAGGAGAUCUCCGAUCCCCCCGCCGAGUCCACGCCGUCCAUCUAAUGUCCUUCCUCAUUCACCAGAGAAAACAAAAUAAUUUGAAUCUUCAGCAGAAGCUGAAGUCUUCGGAUCCGAUCAAUCUUCUUCUUUCCCUCUCUGGGUUUUUUUUUCCCUCCAUGGUUACCCGCCGGCGACUACUCCGCCGCCGAUCUAAUCAAGACCAUUUUUUAGAAGUAAAGUUACGUACUUUAUAUCGUAAAGACAACUAUUAAUAGGGAAACAUGACGAUGCGACGAUCACAUGAUUGCAUUGGAGCGUUGACUCUUCAGAUUGCUGGAAUAUUUCCUUUCUCGACGAACGCUCGACGAACGCUCGAGACCAACAGAUGGAGACUAAGACAUAGAAUUUAUUCGGUGGUGGCGGCGGUAGGGAGGGAGUGGAUCAGGGGCACUUGGGCUUGCCUUCUUGGGUCGUCCAAUUGUUGUAGCAGGGGCACUCCUCCUUGUUGCCAUAGGUCCCCGAGGGCACGCAGAGGCACUUCUGGCAGCACUUGUUGCAGAAGAAGAGGCACGGCUUCUGGUGCGACGUCUUCGAGCACCUCACCGCGCACCUCGGUGCACACUCUGCCACACACACCGUUCUCAUCGUCAAAUCUCUCUCUACCCUCUCUCUCUCUCUCUCUCUCUCUCUCUCUCUCUCUCUCUCUCUCUCUCUCUCUCUCUCUCUCUCUCUCUCUCUCGUCUUUCUCUCUCUAUUUAUCUAUCUUUCCCAGGGUCUGGGAAGAAGCGGAGGAGACUGGGUGAGGGUAAGGGUGUACCUGAUGCAUUCAGAGAGCCCUCUCCGCCCGUCGGUUGAUAAGUUGGAGACCCGUUAACGUCGGCCUGCAUGCAGGAAAAAGCAAAAGGAAUAAGUAUUCAGUAGAGUGUAGAGAGAGAGAGAGAACACAGGCGCAAGGCGUUGCGAAAAACCUAUAUCUGGGGAGAUAAUAAUCAUCGUCAUCAGCAGAGUUGUGUACACUCCAAAUAUCGAGCCAUAGAUACAGAUAGAUACAAAGAUAGAUAAUAGAGAGAGAGAGCGAGAGAGAGAGAGAGAGACCUUGCAGGAGCUCAAAAGAAGCGCGAUGGCAAGGAGGAAGAGGACCGAGGGGAGGCACCAGGAAGACGUCGCCAUCUUUCUCGCUCUACAGUUCUCUUCUUGCCUUCUGCUGCGACUCGCGAGGACCCCAUUUUAUAGAUGGAGUCGAGAUUUGGUGAUAUCCGACUUAGACUGGUCUCCAAUCAAUGCCGGGAUUUCUUUCCAAAUUAGGAAAAGCAUCAGCCCUCGAAUCUCAUCCAGGAAGAAGGAGCUGGGAACCCUGCAUUAACAGCCCGACCUCGUUUGGUCCGGCUACUGAGAAGCGAUUCCACGGAAUGUCCCAAGUCAUCCAACCGUUCGAACCGGUCGACGGUCGAUCGAAGCCUUCGAAUUCUCUCUCAUCGACCGUUUCUGAUCGUUGGAUCGAACCGAAUUGUGGGCUGGUAGGACCUUCUCAAAGGGUUAGAUUGGAAUUUAGAAUAUAUAGAAAUAUGAAUGUAAUUAUAUUAAAGAUAUGCAUUAUCCAAUAUCUGGUAAAAGUAUUCAUAACUAAUUUAAUGAAGUGAAAACCUUAAAUAAGCAUUGACUUCGGUUCUUAGCUUCUACAGGUUUAGGAAAUAUUGAUUAAAUAUAUAUAGAUGAUUUAUUGAUGGAUUUAACCCAUAAUCGGUUUGUGUUCCUAUAUUUUCUUUAUUUAGGAAUCUCUGAUUCUAUAAACCUCAUCUCUCUCUCUCUCCUAAAAAGGUGUGGGCCCGCGUUUAAGAUAGCCUGGGCCGGGUCUUCUAAUGGGCUUUUUAUAGGCCUUCUAAGAUGUUCUUUGUUAAUAGUUGACAUAAGUGGGCCCAUUAUAUGGCCCAAAUACUUCUUUCGUUGAGGAACAAACACCAUAUGAAUGGUCGGGAUUAGUCCAUUUAGAAAGCUAAUUGGACCGGGCUGACCUCUCCACUUUCCAGCCCAUUUCACACGCUCGCCGUAGAAGACACGACUCAUUAAGCCCAGCCCCCGGCCCAUUAACACGUACGCAUCACGUGCACCUCAUACUAAAUAAAUGUCCAGUCCACGUGACCCUUGGUGGCCCGUGGCGUGUUGCGACUUCUCGGGCAUAUUCCAGCCCAUCUUGUUCUGUAUGAUCUUUCUGACGCAAAUAUCCCACUUCCUUGCCGUGGACGUAACUCCAAUGUAUUUAUAAUUUUAUUUAUUUAUUCACUUUCCCUACCUGCUCGCACUCUAGAGAGAGAGAGAGAGAGAGAGAGAGAGAGAGAGAGAGAGAGAGCGAGGGCAUCUAAACCAUCUCUAUCGUCGCCAAAUCGAAGGACGACGAGACCCUCUCUGUUGGUAAUGGGCCAACUGGGCUCAAAGGUAGUUGAAGCCCAAUAUUUUAUUUUUCAACAUGGAAGGUUGACCUUUUUAUCACCGACCAAUUGGUCAACAGAGGCAGAACUCCAUCGCAUCGACAGCUGUGCUCGGGAGGCCAUAUUUAAGUAUUUAUUUAUUUUAUGGUAAAAAAAACCUUCAGGCCGAGUGCGAUGCUAUUUUUAGCGUACCCAUAAGGAGGCGUAUAAGUGUAAUUAGUACGUAGAUAGGGUUACGUAGCAAGGAACCAGAGUUUUAAUUUUUCUAUUAUCGGAGAGAAUGCGCACACGUGGGUAAGAUUCCCCGCUGACUGCUAACUCGCAAGUUGAAACCCUCAUUUUUUUUAAUAUUUUUUGUUAAUACCUUCGAAUUUACUUUAUUGCCAAAGGGGGGUUAUAAAAUGAGGAUGCAGAUAAGGUUUGGGUAUGAGAAAGAGGGUUAAAUUAUGUCAAUUAAUUUUUUUAAAAGGGAAUUUAUGCAAAAAAAAAGGCCUCAAAACUCACCGUCGCUUCUCCCCCCAUUGAAGAAGCACGAGAGAAAUAUACAACUCCGCGCCUCUCCUUCGCCGCCGGAGGGACGACGGCGAACAGAUACUAGCCGAACCCAUCGUUCAGGCUACCCGCGACGGCGGCGCCUCGGCCUGCGCCGCCAUGGUCAGCUCGAAUUGCUGGACGGAGAGGGCGGAGAGCGGCUGAAUCCCGCCGGCGAACGUCUCCCAGCCCAUGGCGCCGCCGCCGGGGCCGAUGUGGGCCACAUGCUUCACGUCGGUGGGGAAGCCGAUCUCCAUCUCCUUGCCCUCCUCGUCUUCCUCCUCCCUGAACGAAUCGAACAGUUGAGGAAAGGCCUUGAUGAGCUUCAUCAGCCGCUGGAUCCCCGCAGAGAAGGUGAAGGGGGCCCUUGGCUUCCCUCCGGCGAGUCUCUCUCCUCCUUCUCCCUCGUCUUCGCCUUCGCCAUGGAAAGGAGGCCGGAAUUAG